AAUUGCAUCACCGAGCGGGACAACCUCGAGUUCGAGUUCAACCGGGCAAAAAGUUCACCGCCGAGCAGGAUGAUCCCGCUGGUCGAGAAGCUGCGACCGGAGGCGCACCUGGCGAAGCAAAUCGACGGGGCGUUCCGGAAGCUCGGCGUCGAGCGGCCCGGCGCCAGCGCAGAGGAG